AUGGCUGGCAAUGGAGAGAAUAUUGACACACCACAUGAAGAAACCCCUCACCGUCCUGGAAAAGAGCCAAUGAGCUCUAGGAGGCCUUCCAACUCACAAUGUAAACGGACCACCCGUUCCAGGACAACCCAACCUGAGGGUGGCCCAAGCACUCGGACCACUCGUUCUAGGAGGACCCAACCUGAGGGUGGCCCUAGUACACAAACUACUCGUUCAAGGAGGACCCAACCUGAGGGUGGCCCUAGUAUACGGUCCACACGUUCAAGGAGGACUCAGCAUGGAAAUGGCCAAAACCCUAGAGUAAGGGACGAAGAACCCAAUCUUGGAGGUGCUCAACCCAUGGAUUAUGGUUCUUAUGAUCCUACAAGGGCAGCACAAGGGAAUAAUACUCAAAAUCAACCUGACCUUGGAGUGAGAAGACCACGAGGCAGGCCUCGUGGCUCACGAACUAGGAGGCAUGAAACUACUCAGGAGGAUCCUCAAAAUGCUCAAGAAGAACAACUUGGGGAAAUUGAGGGACCCCCUAAUAAUGAGCAACCCGAGGAAACUGAGGUUCCCCCUAAAAACCCAAAUGAUCAGCCAGAACCAUCUCAUAGAAAUGAGAAUAGGAGGCGAUCGAAAACCAGGGAAUAG